AUGCAUAAGCCACCCAAGCUAUCCGAACGACGCGGUCGGUGUCUCUCAGGCCCGCCACGGAGCAAGCCGAAGCCGGCAGAGCAGCCGACGAGCACGGGUGAAAGGGAAAGCGGUCAGCCAGAGCUGACAUCCUCGACACCUAGCGUGGGCACUAGCAGCAGCGGCUGUGGUGAUGACACAUCACUCUCCUCGCCGCUGCUAACGUACGGCACGACUCGAGAAAGACACACACACCGAUCGCUGAGUCACAGCAGAAUUCAGAGCGGUGGCGGAUUUGGCUACCUGCGCGCGGCCACAGCAACACCAGACCUGGCACCGUCUUCCGCAGGCCCAAGCAUGCGGCUGGGUAGCAAAGCAGCGACGUUCUCUCCAUCGCCUGCGCCAACGUCAUUGCCGAAGGAAUUGCGCGAAGACACUACAGCAUGGCCACUAGAGAAGCAACCGUUAACUCAUACCUCACGCUCGUUCUCCCUGCACUCCAGCACACCAGCGGAGUCCUCGCUGGCGAGGCUGCGGGCAUUGGCUGGCCUGGCGCCCCUGCAAAGGUUCUCGUAUGAUUCUCAGAUGCUAUCGCCAGAUCUCUACGGCAACGAGGAGUCGCCCCUUCGUCAUUCGUGCGACGUCAGGGUCGAACUCGGCGGCAGUGGUCCGUCGUCAUCAGCGCCAUCGUCGUGUGUGUCGUCGCCGUACACUCCUGAUCUUGUCCAGCGCCUGUCUUUCCUGAACGGCACGUCUGCGCAGGCCACGCUGGCUGUGCUGCAGAGUGACCGACUAAAGCGCUCCCGUAGUGAUGCACUGAUGCCACCGUCACUGCCCAUCGCAGAAUCCUUCCAGAGCGAAGGAAAGAGCGUGGGGCAGCAGUGCAAAGGGCCACCGACAGUGCCGACUGCCAACGACACAACGACUUCCGCUGGUGCCAGCCCCUUCGCUGAGUCGUUGGGCCUCGCCAGCCUGCGCGCCUCGGCUUUAACGACAUAUCGCAAUGAAAAGGACGUGGACAGCGGUCAUAGUUCUGGUACAGCGAGCGACUCGGCACAGUCCACUGCGUCAGCGCUAAGUCGCCUACGUGCCGCCAACCAGUAUAUAGCCUCCGCUGCUGAGAACUGCAGCAAUCAGCAUCCUUACAUUACGUCCAAGAACGGUGUGGCUGGCGUCGGGCCUGCCGUUGAUGUGGCACCGGCGCCUCACGAACUGCCAACAGGAUCACAGCGGAGGACAGCCGCAGCGCUCUUGACCCCCGCGCAUCUCGCGGCGUGCUCUCUCUCACCAGGGCCAGGCCUGCCUCAACCAUCCAUCGUCUCAGCAAGACUUGCUCAGCUGCGCCAACGAGCACCGACGUCGCCGACAUCGUUGUCUCCUGACGCGAAAGCGGUGGCCCCUGUGACGUCGCGGAGGGGGACAGUGCAGGCGCCGCUACCGCCUUCUUUCAUAAAUCUUUCACGCCUGCGUCGACUCGAGAACCUCCAGCAGCCACGUCGACAGCCGUCGACUCCGCCAUCGGAUGCGACCCCGCGUGAGGACCGAGAAUGCAAGUCACUCCCGUCACCGGCAGCAACUCUGGAAGCCGCGCUGGAGCAUGCGCCACAGUACCGCUUGCUGGCCGAGGCCACUGCCACGCGCGGUGAGGUCACCCCAGUACCGCCUGCAGCGGUCGACAGCGACAAGUCUGACUUGGACCCCGCCAAAGUGCAGAAGCGGGACGCGCUCCUUCCAACGCCAGCAAACGCGUUGGCGUCUUACAAGACCAGUGCGAAGCAGAACGUCAACCACGCAGCCGCCAAAAUGGGCGUACGCCGCGCACGAGCGCGAAAAGGUGCGGCUGCGAUGAAAGCAAAGAAGGAGAGAGCGGUGGAGGCUGUGGUGCUCAAGGGUACACCGACAAAAGGCACCCGCGGUAAAACACGCCUUGCUAAUAGCCCAGUGUGGGCGAAGCAGCUGAGCAAGCUGCGCAGUCUGGCAGCCCCGGUGCCGGUCGGCGAGACAGCGAGUGAGAGGUAUACGGAGCCCAUAUCAAAUUCGUUCAUCGUGAGUGCCGUAGCACCGCCGCUGCACUCUCCGCCGGAGCACUCCUCAGAGCACCUAUCGUCUGUGGUGCCAAUCAAGUCAGACAAGGCUCUGUUGAAGAGGAGUGUGUCGUCGUUACCGCCGUCCUGGUCGACCUCUUCGCCGUUUGCGGCCCUGGCCUCCCCGUCGCUUCACGCGGCGCUGACGCAGGCUUCGGCGGGACUCGUCACAGGGCGUGAGAGCGCUGACAGUAUCAAGUUCAAAGAUGGUGUCCCCGAUGACGAGAAGUGCCCAAGGGAAUCCACCUCUUCUUCCUUUGCCUCCGUAUCCCCGUACUACUGCUACCCGUCUAUGAUGACUCGCAGCACUACUGCGGCAGCGGCCGCCGCUUUAGUUGCAGCGGCCAAUCAGACUUUGGCAGCAACGACGGUGACCACCACCAGCAUGGUCGACAUGACGGAGUUGUCCUCUCAGCCUCACAUGCGUACCGCCAGCACUGACAGCCGCAAGAGCAGGGGUGGCAGCAGUGCACUGCAGUGUGUCAUUUUUGACACCUCCUCACUCCUCGACUCCGAGCCGGGUGUGAUGAACUUAGUCUUGGAGAAGUGGUUCGUUGGCAUCCCCUUUACUGUGCUCGACGAGUUGGACCGCAUGCACAAGGACCGUGGCGGCGGUGGCGGCAGUGGCAAGAGCGACCAUGUCGCCACCACCACCGCUGCAGCAGCAGCAGCACCCGCCGGUGUGAGCGGCACGCACGAUCGCGAGUGGCGCCGACAAAGGGCCCAUGAGCUGCGCAACUGGAUUGCAGCGUGCUUGAGCGAUGCAGCACAGGGCCGCCUACUACUGCAGAAGCGGACGGAGGUUGUCCAGGCGUACGACCUGCAUGCCACGACAAAUGAUGACCGCAUUCUAGGCUACGCGGUCUACCUCAGACAGCAGCGGGCGGCGACGGUCCUCUUUGUCACCGAGGACAAGUUCCUGCGCAUCAAGGCGAGCUCGGAGCUGGGGAAGGCUUACGCCUACAGCGACAUCCGCAAGCUGGUUGGCAUGCCACCACUUCCGAAGGUGUCGUCGACGGCGUCGCAAGAGAAGAGAAAUAAGUAG